CAGGUGCGUGUGUGUUUUUUCGUCUUUCUGUCACGUGCUACUGAUAUUCACCUGUUGCGCCGUCGCUGCCAAAAGAAAAGGAAAAAAACGAGAAAAAAGUGUGAUAGGUCAGAUAAGCCUGCCUGCCCCUUCCAAAAAUAGUGCUGGAUUCGAUUUCUGUCAGUGUUGUGGUGAAAGCAAGAAGAAGCAGAAGUGUUUUGUAUUUGAUAAAAAAAAGUGAGCCAGAAGCGAGCUUUUCGAUUGGUUGGUUGUUUGUUGUGUCGGUCGAGGAGGCCGCUGUGUCUCGCUAGCGGAACACGCGGCCCGCAAAGGGGAAGGAAAGAAGCUGCGAGUGCAACGGCAAGCAGCAACAACAGAACAACGACAAGUGGUGAUGCGGUAGUCGUGGGUUAAGCCCCGAGGGAAGCCAUGAGGACGGCCGCCGCCUACGUCCUGCUUCUUGCCCACCUCAUACAGGCGACAACCGGUAGCGGUUACUUCGAGGUGCAAAUCCUCUCACUGACGAACAACCGUGGCACCCUAGUGGACGGCCGCUGCUGCGGCGGAGGUAGCAGCAGUCCUAGCAACAAUGGCGGGGGCGGUACCACGCGAAGUAUCAGCUCGUCGCCGACAACGAAUCUUGAGCAAGCAAGUCAACCCAAGUAUCACGUGGGACCAUGCACGACACCGUGUACCACGGCAUUCUGGUUGUGCCUCAAAGAGUACCAGUCCAACGUAACAGCCAUCGGCUCGUGUAGCUUCGGCAACGUAUCUAGUCAUGCCCUCGGCCAGAACACAUUCACCCUCACCGAACCCGUCACCCUUCAGCUACACUUCACUUUCAGAUGGACGAGACAAUUCACGUUGAUCCUGCAAGCGAGAGACGAAGGAAGUGGCGGUGUAGUGGAGGAGGCAAGUUACAGCGGCAUCGUAUUGCCCGGACCCUCGUGGCACACGCUCAAUCAUCAGGGCAGAAACGCUCAUCUCGCUUACCGGGUUAGAGUACAGUGCGCUGAUCAUUACUACAACGCUACCUGCACCAAGUUCUGUAGGCCGCGAAAUGAUAUUUUUGGCCAUUACACCUGCGAUGAGAACGGCGAUAAAGCUUGCAUCGAGGGAUGGAAAGGCGUCGACUGUGAAACUGCUGUGUGCAAGGAAGGUUGCCAUCCAGUACACGGCCACUGCAACGUGUCAGGCGAGUGUAAGUGUCGACAUGGUUGGCGAGGAGAAUUGUGCGACCAGUGCACCCCAUACCCAGGCUGCAAGCACGGCUACUGUAACGGCUCUAGUUGGCAAUGUAUUUGCGACACUAAUUGGGGCGGUAUACUAUGCGAUCAAGACCUCAACUACUGCGGCACUCACGAGCCUUGCCAAAACGGCGGUACGUGCGAGAACACUGCACCCGAUCAAUAUCGAUGCACCUGUCCCGAAGGUUUCUCCGGGCCAACUUGCGAGAAGGUCGACAAUCCUUGUGCUUCCAAUCCAUGCUUGAACGGGGCAACGUGUACGGAGGAUGGAGAAGUCGCGGUGUGUAAUUGCACCGAAGGUUUCGCUGGACAAUUCUGUGCUACGGACAUCGACGAGUGCGCGUCACAGCCGUGCCUCAAUGGCGGUGUCUGCGUGGAUGGAAAGAAUACCUUCACCUGCAAUUGUCCCUCAGCUUGGCAAGGAACCACAUGUCAAUUCGAUGUCGACGAGUGUGCUCUCAAGGAGUCGCCAUGCAAGAAUUCCAUAACCUGCUACAACCACGCUGGAGACUACACGUGUAAAUGUCGAAGCGGCUUCACGGGCAAGAAUUGCACGAAAAACAUCGACGACUGCGUGGGCCAGUGUCAGCACGACGCGCUGUGCAUCGAUCUGGUGAACGACUAUCAUUGUUCGUGCUCGGCCGGUUACGCGGGUAAAGACUGCGAGGUCGACAUCGACGAGUGCGCCUCGAAGCCAUGCCUCAACGGCGGCGAAUGCCGUGACCUCGUCAACGGUUACGAAUGCGUCUGUCCGGUCGGCUACACCGGCAACCAGUGCGAGAUCGAUCGCGACCACUGCACGCCAAAUCCAUGCAAGAACCUGGCACAGUGCUUCAACACGCAAACGGACUAUUACUGCCACUGCCCGGCACACUGGCAAGGCAAGAACUGCUCCGAGCCAGCGAUCCACAAUCCAAUGUUCGGACUACUGGACGACACUCUGGGCUGCGGUAACGAAGGCACGCCGUGCUCCGGGCGCGGCAGAUGCGGCAACGGCCAGUGCAUCUGCGACGCGGGCUACGCGGGAGUUCACUGCCACGAGAACAUCAACGACUGCCGCGGCAAUCCGUGCCUGAACGGCGGCACCUGCGUGGACUUGGUCAAUUCGUUCCAGUGCAUCUGUCGAGAAGGCUGGACUGGCGAUCUGUGCGAUCAAGACGUGGACGAGUGCUCGACCAAUCCGUGCCGCAACAACGGUACUUGCGUAGACGGCGUGGCGGACUUCAGCUGCAUCUGCCGCAACGGCUGGAAAGGCAAGACCUGCGCGCUGCGAGGCGGACACUGCGAGCCCGGCACUUGUCGCCACGGCGGCACCUGUCAGGAUCACGGCGACGGCUUCACUUGCCACUGUCCGCUCGGCUGGGAAGGGGCCGCCUGCCACAUCGCCUCGCCCGCCUGCGCCUCCAGCCCCUGCGAGAACGGCGCCACUUGCGUCAACACCGCCGACGGCGGCUAUCGGUGCAUCUGCCGCGAGGGCUUCGAGGGCGCCAACUGUCGCCGCGACGUCGACGACUGCCAGGCGCUGCCUUGCCUCAACGGGGGACGCUGCGUGGACGGCGUCAACUGGUUCAGGUGCGAGUGCGCCGCGGGAUUCACGGGCCCCGACUGCCGCAUCAACGUCAACGAGUGCGCCAGCAGCCCCUGCGCCAGCGGCGCCACCUGCGUCGACGGCAUCGCCAGCUACUCGUGCUUCUGCCCGCCCGGUCGUACGGGCAGCCACUGCGAGAUCCGCAUCGCCGGCGGCCCCGGCUGCCUGGCCGCGAGCUGGGACGACGACUGCAACGUCUGCGAGUGCAGGAACGGCAAGACUCAGUGCAGCAACGUCUGGUGCGGCCCUGGCAACUGUCUGAACGGCACGUCGUGCUUGGCGCACGAGGUGUGCGUGCCGUCGCCCGGCGAAAGUUGCCUGGUGCCGUCGUGUCCGCCGUGGGGCGAGUGUCGACCGGUGGAAACGGGCAGGAGAGUUGGCCCGCCGGCACUGCCCGCGCCUCCGUCCUGCUGGCCUGGACAAGCCACGACCGGGCCGACCUGCUCAAGACUGACCAUUCUGCUGAGGAGAGACUCUCUGUCGUCGGGCACCUCGGUGGAGGUGCUCUGCCGGCGACUGCGACGGCUGCUGGCGGACCCGCGACGACCUCAGUCCGUGGUGUUGCUGUGCGACCUCAAGCCCGGCGACAACGACACCAUCGAGGUGACCAUAUUCUCCGAGGCGGCGUCCGCGGCGGCGCGCGACCUCGGCGAAGCCCUCAGCAGACCGCUCGGCAGGCCACUCGCCCUGGCUUCGGUGCUCGAAGUCAAGGUCGAGACGGCCUUGCUGAGCAGCGACGCGACCAUUGCUGGAAGCAACGGUGGGGGCUACUUUGCUCUACUCGGGGGAGUUCUUGCGACGAUACUCCUGCUGCUGGUACUCACGGGACUCUGGUACAUCAGGCAGUCGAGACAGAGGUCGGGAUUGACGGCGACUACGAGCAGCGAGACCUCGCUACACAGGCACCGGAGUGACCUCGACGAGAAGUCAAACAAUUUGCAAAACGAGGAAAAUCUCAGAAGAUACGCCAAUCCGCUGAAAGAGCAAGAUGCCGAGCCAAGAGUUUCAGUCGUCAGACCGCUUUCUGGUGCGACCUUGGGUCCUUUGGGACUCGCCGAGGAGAGCUUGGAGAUGGUCAGCGAGGACGCCAGACAUAGGCUACCGCCGCUGUAUAAGCCACCCUGUGCCGAGAUGAAGAACAACACGGCAAGUUUUAGUUACGACAGUCCGCUCAAACCGUACAAUAAGCCUAGAUUGCAGGAGCCCGCGUACAAUACCAUGCAGUACCAACCAGGCACGAGUCAAGCGAAUCCACAUCAGAUGAUGACGGUGCACGUCUGAAAGUGAGAACAGUGCUAUUCGAGUGCUUCAUGUGAAAACUCUUGUUUUUUUAUCAUAAUAUACAUUCGCGAGUGGAUUUUUG